ACGCGCCUCAUCACAGGUGCCGCCUUUGGAGCGCGUGAGAAAAAAAACACCACCCCGGCAUGUCUGGCAAAAAGAAACGAGAAAUAGCUUUGUUUUUUGCAGUUAUUUACAUGUUGACGUAUGAUUCUUGUCUCUCGGUGAGUUUGGGGAGGCAGGAGUAUGAUCCUGGGACCAAAACAGUUCAGGACCUGACCGCGCCUCAGUGGAUUCCUCUGGACCCCCGCGGGUUUAAACUGCUGCCAGAGACUAAAAUAACAAGUGCAAACAAACUGCACAAAAAUGGGAAGGCACAAUUAAAUCUCCCCCACGGGCAUCAGUUGUCUGCUUCAGAGGAAGAGGCUCUGCUGCGUCAUUUUGAGGAAAGUGGCGUCCAAUUAAAAAGUCUGUCAUGGACUCAAGGAAACGUGAGCAAACACCAGGGGUCUCCUACCUACAAGUCUCCUACCUACAAGUCUCCUACCUACGAGUCUCCUACCUACAAGUCUGGAAAAGGAUUUCAGUCUGACUACACAGAUUUUCGUCCUGUCCAGGGGGAGAUCUUGGGCGUUCCUGCUGACACCGCUCAUUUGUCAGAGUGGCGGGCCAUGAGACCUUUGGUUCAUUGUGAUCAAAAUGUCAUGACCUUCACUGCCUCUGGAGCAGGAUUCACAGACCUGUUUGUGGGCAGAGAUGGAGGCGCUCCUGUCUCCGUCUUUGAUCUGCCCCCCCUCUGUGGCUUCUCUGUGAAGACUUCAUGGAGUGAACUGGAGAUGACAGUACAGUAUGAUGCAUGUUACAUUAUACAGGAGGGCGGUAGUCUUGUCCUGAAUCUGGAGUGGAGGGGCAGGCCUCUGAAGCUCUCCUGUCCCAUAUGGAGACCCAAACCUAUGCCCACUGUGUAUUGCUCCCCCUAUGGGAUGGUGGUGCACAUAGCUGGUCAGAUGGAAGAUUUACCUACGUUUGGUUUCAAAGUGAACGGGCGCUGGGGACCGUUGUUGGCCGACGAGUGCGCCAGUCUCGUUAAGUCUCAACCUGGAGAGUUUCUGUUCUUUAUCUCCACCACGGCCUCCUGCGUUGUCGUUGAUUAUGGAGUGCACCUGUGGCUUGUCAUUGACGAGCUGGAGUACACGCUCUCUUGUCCCGACUUCCUGCCUGUUCCUCCGCCGCCUCCCAGUGAACCUCAGUCUCCUUUUUUUCCUGAACCCGUCGCUCCGUCUUUCCCUCCUCUGCAGACUCCACCGUUCUUGGACCCAAGCUACCUGCACCCUGAAUUCCCCCAGAUCCACCCCCCAACGCCACAACCGCCCCACGCUCCUAAACCCACAGUAGACAGCCCGCCGGAACCCCAGCCGCAACUGCAGAGUCCUGCCUUUCCGCCAUAUUUUGCCGGAGAUAACAUAAAACCAAACAUAUUUCCUCCACUGACAGCACCUCUAGAAAAUCCAAAUUUGAAUACGGAACAUGAUCCUUUUACUCACCCAAACGUCCCAGUCGCUCAAGCUCUCUCAAACAUGUUUAACCCUUUUGAAUCUUUCCCAAAACCCACAGUUUCUCCCACGACAACAACGCAGAUGCCAAAUCUUCAACUUCAUUAUCUCAAUCCUCCUCAUUUUCAAUUACCUUACCAUCUCGCACCACCAGAAACGCCAACACCUUCUCCCACUCCUCACUACAUCCCCCCCAAAAUGCCCGAGUUGCCAGUUAAUUUCUACUUUCCGCCUUACACGGAUGUUACUUCUUCUUCUUCAAAUCCGUAUCAGUUCUACCACCAAACCUCAGUUAACGCGGCAGCCCAGUCUCCAACUGUCACGCCGUCAUUUCCCGAACCUUAUCUUGAGCACUGCGUUCCUUAUGAGGGCCAGUCGUGUUCGUAUUACCCCAAUCCGCACUAUCCACACUAUCCGCACUAUCACCCUCCAUCCCCUUUACCUCCAGUCACCCCCUCAGUUUUACCACCUCGCCCCGCUCAACACGAAGUCCAACACUUUUGUCUGCGGGACAGGAUUCUCGUCCGUUUGCCCUUCGCGCAUUCAGACUCCAUACAGGUUCAAGAUCGUGCAGACAUGUGGCAGUUUAUUUCUCAAACGCCUCAUUUUUGUGGAUACGACUUGCAUUUGCCUGACAGCAGUGGCGUAAUCCUUUCUGCCCGACUGCCUGGUUGCCACACACAUCUAAAGCCGGACAGCUCCACGUCCCUCUGUCUGCGCUUUUGGGACUCGUCCCAGUCUCACUUCAGGACAGUGGACGUGCUGUGUCCUCCGCAAACCGUAACUCCAGUGUCACUGACGCCAGCUCCACCCUCCCCGCCCCCCACUCCCUUCACCCCUGGGCCUCCUAAGCCUGAAGUGCUCUGCUCUCCCCAUCACAUGACGGUGAUAUUCCCCUACGGGACCGGUUUGGAGCUCAUUGUUAAGGAUUUGAACGGGAACAGGAUAAACUUACAGGACAUCGCAAAGGACUGUGGGUAUUCUACAAGCCUGGGCAAAGAUGGAAAGCUUCAUUUGAGCCUCCCUUUACAUUUUCGUUGUCACAUGACUUUGCUGGGUUCAACGUACGUUAUCAACAUGGUGUACAGAACAUACCACGGGACAAGGGAGGAGCAGUUUUCCUGUCCGAGGGGUGUCGUCCCGAUCACGAAUCAAGAGUGCAACCUUCCCUUCGAACAACGCCUCCCCUGUGGACCGGGCUCUGUAUCCCAGCCACACUGCGCCUCUAUGGGCUGUUGCUUUAGCACAUACCCUCCUGCCUGUUACUACCCCAUGGACGAGUGCACCGCUGACAGACACUUCGUCUUCUCUGUUCCUGUUUCUCUCACGGAGCCACCUUUGUCUCUCGCUUCUCUCGUCGCCGGCGGUAACUCGUCCUGCGGCCCCCAGAAAGUGACGUCUGACACCGCCGUGUUUAAGAUUCCUAUGGACGCCUGUGGAGCACGAAGGAUGCAAGUGGGAAACACCCUGAUCUACAUGUUAGAAGUGAACAACGUCGUUAGCAGCGUCAGCCUCAACUACGGCACAAUCACACGAGACUCUCCUGUCAGGUUAUUGGUGGAGUGCAGAUUUUUACCAGGCAGUGCGCUCACUGUUAGUUAUAUGGUAAAAACUCCAUCUUUGGGCCCUGGGGUUCAAACUGAGGGAGCGUUUGGCGUGCAGCUCAGGAUCGCCAAAGACUCGCAGUACCAGAGCUACCACCCACAGUACCACCAGCCCCUGCAGAUGUUGUUGGGUAAACCGCUUUACCUGGAGGUGCGGCUGCUCAACUCUCCCGAUCCCAGUUUCGUGUUGCUCGUGCACUACUGCGUGGCGUAUCCUCGCUCUGGGAAGGCCGUCUGGGUGUUGCUUUAUAACGGAUGCCCAAAUCCACUGGAUCCUGACCCCAACCAGUUUGUCGUGUCAAAUCCUCAAGUGCCAGCGCGUUCCCAGACUCGGCGUUUCACCAUCAGCACGUUCCAGUUUCUUCCUGAUGGAGAGUUUAAGGAUUCAAAUGAAGAGAUCUACUUCAUGUGUUCUACUGAGAUUUGCUCGCCGCGUGACGGCCCGUGUGUGGAGGGAUGCUUCGGUCAGUGACGCUUCGUGGAGGAGGCUUCACGUUGGUUGAAAUGAUAAUGAGCUGGCCUCAACAUUUUACCAACAAUAAAAAUGUGUGAUAAGACUUG